AGUUCAUGGGGGCGGGGAGAGAGUCGUCGGGGAUUACCAGGCCCGCGCCCCCCGUCCCCCUUCCCGCCUCGUGUCCUUCCGUAUCCUUCCUCGAUCUUUUACCUAUUUCAUGAGACUUCUGUGGCUUGUUUUGUUAGGUUUGGAGGUUGAAAAGAAGGGGUUGUUGUUUACGGAAUGUCGCCGCUCUGCAAACCUUUUGAGACUUGGUGGUGAGGUGUGAUUCUCAAGCAUAGCCUGUGAAAGUUCAGUUCUUAAAACAGUUCGGCAGCCUAACAACAGCAAAGAAGGGCUCCCACCUUUCCUCCUGAGCAAAAGCUACGCACGUUUCGGGGUGGGUGGGGGAGCGGAGUAUGGCCUUGGAGGAAAGGUUUGAGAAAUGGAGGGGUGGAGAAUCAGGUGCCAAAGAAAGGGAAAUUUUUUGAGAACUUUAUGUUACGUACUUACACAUGAUAUAUGAGAAGUGUAAAUUUACUGAAUUUAAAAAAUGAGGAAAGAGAAGGAGACCUUGAGACAAACUGGGCAGAGUUAGAGACGCUAUAGAAGGAAUUGAGAAAUAAUAAGGGAAAUGAAAAAAAUAACCUGAGGAUAACUAUAUUCAAGUAAAAUAUCUGAGGGGAGCCAGGAUGGUGGAUAAUCAGAUGGAGCUUACAUCAGUUGGCCAGAAAUGGUUUAGGAAAAGUUUCCUAAAAUAGAAGAGGAAGAAUAAUUAAGGGGUGAAGAGGGCAGUGUAGUUCACUUGCUCUUCCAUGAACACUUCCCUUAUUCAACAAGCGUUUACUAAGUGUUCACUAUGUGUCUAGCAUUGUGGCAGGCGUAAGGCUUUUGUUCUUCACAGCUUCACAGUCUAUAACGCAGCGGUCCCCAACCCUCGGGGCCAUGGACCUGUCCUGUCAGUGGCCUGUUAGAAACCAGGCCACACAGCAGGAGGUGAGCGGCAGGCGGGCGACCAAGCAAAGCUUCAUCUGCCAUUCCCCAUCGCUCCCGGUCGCUCUACUGCCUGAACCAUCCCCCCAUCGCUCGCAUUACCACCUGAACCAUCCCCCACCCCACCCCCCAUCCGUGGAAAAAUUGUCUUCCAAGAAACCAGUCCCUGGUGCCAAAAAGGUUGGGGACCGAUGGUCUAAUGGAAGAGAAAGACCUGUAAACAAAUAUUGGCAGCUGUGAGACAAGAGGUGUUAUAAACAGCGGUGCCCUGGUCACUGUAAGAAAGCUGUAGACUAGACCCUAGCUUGGGAAAGUAGAGUUAUAAAUGUGUUUCUAUUUAGGUUUCCUAGAGGAGAUGACAUCUGAACCAACUGUUGGAAAGUGAAUUGGAGGAGAAGGAUAGCAGGCAGAGAAUAUAUUUGCAAAGGUCUGGAGACAAAGCAGAACAAAACAUUUAAACAGAAUUGGACUCCUGGCUUUCAAGAGAGGAACUAUCACAAUAAAGCGUCCACUCAGUAACUGGCAGAAUUGCUUUUGGUGAGGGUUGGCAGAUGAGUUCGGAAAUGAAAUACGAGGGGGAGCAGUAUGGAGGAGGUCAGAAGAAAGGAGUAUGCCUAGGAGAGUGCUGAGAGAAAAAAGUGAAACGCAGGAAGUCCAUAAGCGAGAGUGGGUAAGAAGAAUUUUAAAAGCUAUUCCCCAUCUCUUCCACUGGUUCCCAAUUCUUCGCUCUCCCGAGCCUCACGAGCUACAACCAGCAUCCGGUUUACCCGCCACUCGCAGGCGGCUCCGCCUCCCUGGCACUCAGUGGAUAAAAGCCCUUCAACGCUAGACCAUGCCCUCUCCGUGGCACUGGCUGCGUUUCCCCUCCUUCUCUUCCUAUACUUGGAGGACCGCCCCCAUUGGCUAAGCCACGCCCACCAGGGGGUCCCUCGGGUUACAAGUUACAUUGGUCCCGCCCCUUCCCGGGAUGGCUCUCGGUCCGCCCCGCCUCCGCCCGCCCUGCCCAGCCUUCGCUCGGCUUUCGCCAGGGGGCGCAUCGCAACCCGCCCGCCGCCCGCGGGAGAGUCUGUCGCACACACCCCCUCCUCUCCGCGCGCCGGCGGUUCCCAGCCGACUACGCCUCCGCUCCGAGUCAGCCGGGCUGCGCCCGCUCCGACUCCGGGAGGGGUCGGGGGUCCCGAAUGGCCGCGGCAGGGUCUAGGAGGCCAAACGUGUAAGCUAACGGGCGUCAUGGAGGCGGAGCAGCGGCCGACGACUAGGGCCAGCGAUGGGGCGACCCCUGGGCUGGAGAGGGCGCCUCCUGCUGCCCCGGCGUCUACCACCACGGCCUCGGAUGCGAUCCCUGGGUCCAGGCCCGGGACCGGGCCCGAGCCCAAGAGGAGGCAGCUCGGGACGCUGCUCCAGCCCACGGUCAACAAGUUCUCCCUUCGCGUGUUCGGCAGCCACAAAGCAGUGGAAAUCGAGCAGGAGCGGGUCAAGUCAGCGGGGGCCUGGAUCAUCCACCCCUACAGCGACUUCCGGUUUUACUGGGACCUGAUCAUGCUCCUGCUGAUGGUGGGGAACCUCAUUGUGCUACCUGUGGGCAUCACCUUCUUCAAGGAGGAGAACUCCCCACCUUGGAUCGUCUUCAACGUCCUCUCUGACACUUUCUUCCUGAUGGAUCUGGUGCUCAACUUCCGCACGGGCAUCGUGGUAGAGGAGGGUGCUGAGAUCUUGCUGGCACCGCGGGCCAUCCGCACACGCUACCUGCGCACCUGGUUCCUGGUUGACCUUAUCUCCUCUAUUCCUGUGGAUUACAUUUUCCUGGUGGUGGAGCUGGAGCCACGACUGGACACCGAGGUCUACAAAACAGCUCGGGCCCUGCGCAUCGUGCGUUUCACCAAGAUCCUCAGCCUGCUGCGGCUGCUCCGCCUUUCCCGCCUCAUCCGCUACAUACACCAGUGGGAGGAGAUCUUUCACAUGACCUAUGACCUGGCCAGUGCUGUGGUUCGCAUCUUCAACCUCAUCGGAAUGAUGCUGCUGCUAUGUCACUGGGAUGGCUGUCUGCAGUUCCUGGUCCCCAUGCUGCAGGACUUCCCUCCCGACUGCUGGGUCUCCAUCAACCAUAUGGUGAACCACUCAUGGGGCCGCCAGUAUUCCCACGCCCUGUUCAAGGCCAUGAGCCACAUGCUCUGCAUUGGCUACGGGCAGCAGGCACCUGUAGGCAUGCCCGACGUCUGGCUCACCAUGCUCAGCAUGAUCGUGGGCGCCACGUGCUACGCCAUGUUCAUCGGCCACGCCACCGCCCUCAUCCAGUCCCUGGACUCUUCUCGGCGCCAGUACCAGGAGAAGUACAAGCAGGUGGAGCAGUAUAUGUCCUUCCACAAGCUGCCAGCUGACACACGGCAGCGCAUCCAUGAGUACUACGAGCACCGCUACCAGGGCAAGAUGUUUGAUGAGGAAAGCAUCCUAGGAGAGCUGAGCGAACCGCUUCGGGAGGAGAUCAUUAACUUCACCUGCCGGGGCCUCGUGGCUCACAUGCCGCUGUUCGCCCACGCCGACCCCAGCUUCGUCACGGCCGUGCUCACCAAGCUACGCUUUGAGGUCUUCCAGCCGGGGGACCUCGUGGUGCGUGAGGGCUCCGUGGGCAGGAAGAUGUACUUCAUCCAGCAUGGGCUGCUCAGUGUGCUGGCACGUGGCGCCCGGGACACCCGCCUCACUGAUGGAUCAUACUUUGGGGAAAUCUGUCUGCUGACUCGGGGCCGACGCACAGCCAGUGUGCGUGCUGACACCUACUGCCGCCUCUACUCGCUCAGCGUGGACCAUUUCAACGCCGUGCUCGAGGAGUUCCCCAUGAUGCGCCGGGCCUUCGAGACAGUGGCCAUGGAUCGGCUGCGCCGCAUUGGCAAGAAGAAUUCCAUACUGCAGCGGAAGCGCUCUGAGCCAAGUCCAGGCAGCAGCGGGGGCAUCAUGGAGCAGCACUUGGUGCAGCACGACAGGGAUAUGGCUCGGGGCGUUCGGGGCCUGGCCCCAGGCACAGGAGCUCGGCUCAGCGGAAAGCCGGUGCUGUGGGAGCCACUAGUGCACGCACCCCUGCAAGCAGCCGCCGUGACCUCCAAUGUGGCCAUUGCCCUGACGCACCAGCGGGGCCCUCUCCCCCUCUCCCCUGACUCUCCAGUCACCCUCCUUGCUCGCUCUGCUCGAAGAUCAGCAGGAGCAGGCUCCCCAGCCUCCCCACUUGUCCCUGUCCGAGCCGGCCCUCUGCUGGCCCGGGGGCCUUGGGCAUCCACCUCCCGCCUGCCGGCCCCACCGGCCCGAACCCUCCAUGCCAGCCUGUCCCGGGCUGGGCGCUCCCAGGUGUCACUGCUGGGGCCUCCCCCGGGAGGAGGUGGACGGCGACUAGGACCUCGGGGCCGCCCACUCUCAGCCUCCCAGCCCUCUCUGCCUCAGCGGGCGGCAGGUGAUGGCUCUCCUGGGUGUAAGGGCUCAGGAAGUGAACGCCUGCCCCCCUCAGGGCUCCUGGCUAAGCCUCCAGGGACAGCCCAGCCCCCCAGGCCAUCAGUGCCUGAGCCAGCCACUCCCCGGGGCCCCCAGCUCUCUUCCAACAUGUGAAACCUUUGGGUAAGCUCUCGGGUGCAGUAGUAUGUGCCAGAGGGCAGACGCCUCUUGGGGACACCAAGGGGACCUGAAACAGUGCCCUAUGGGAGUAUCUCCCCUUAGUACCAAGAAGAUGGUCUCUGUUCUCAGCUCAGGCGCCCUGCAACCUGACAUCCUCCUAAUCCAUUCACCCAUUCAUCAAAGAUACUUAGCGCCUACCAUGUUCAAGGCACUGUACCAGACGCUGUAUGUCUCCACUGCCAAGUAGAAGUGACUCCAAGCCCUCUGAUUAGGGUAUUCCCCUAGCCAUGGUCCUGCCAGGUGCAGGCCUGGGCCCAUGAUCCCAUCUUACUAAGCACAAGUACUUGCCACCACCAUCACUGCCAAGUAACUAGAUGUCUCUGUUUUCCUGCCCAUGACCUUGCAGGUUCUGCCUGGCAUGGUUAUCUUCCUGUCCGCUAGCAUAGCUGGGCACUGCCAAUUACCUGUUCCCCCGCUGCUGUCAACAAACGUCUUGGGUCCCUGGUGUGGGCAUCCAGCUUUACUGCCACGCGUGGACCCUCCCCGUCUAUACCCCCUGAGUGGGAACACACAUCUCCUGACAAGUUCCUUGCACUCUCUGUCUCUGUGGUAGAACUGCCUUUUUGUAAACUGGGAGCCACCUCCUCCCUAUGCCCCUGUCCCAGUGAUGGCCCCCUUGAAGCUAAGAGAUUGUUGAUGCCCCCUUAUUUAGUGUGCCAGCGUAGAUUCCCCCCAGGUUGGGGGCAAGUGAAUCCUUAGAUGGAAUGUUUUCUUUCCUUGCUCCCUUCCUUAUUUAUUUACUCUUAUUUAUUCAAUCAUUUAAUAACUGUAUUUAUUCACUCAUUUGCUAAUUUUAUUUAUUAUCAAUUCAUUUUAUUUACCCAUUCAUUUAUCCAUCCCUCCCGUCCCCUCCUGGUAAGGAGACAGGAAUGGGCAGAGCCCCUCCAUGCCAGCUCUUGUGGUCCUUGCCCAACUCCCAUCAGUGGCAAUACUUGAGCCCUCUCCCUAACUAGGUAGGAGCAGGAAGGCCACCUGAGAGGGAGAGGAGGACUGUUCUUAUUUUUAGGUUUUUUUUCCUUUCUACUGAGUUUGCUGCUGGUGCAGGAGUAAGGGGAGGGCUCGAGGUAUCCAAGCCUGGGGAAGGGCAGGCUAGCCAGUACCUCUGCCUUCUCAGGGACAAGAGAAACCCCCUACCCCACCCCUCUGUCCCCACACCUACUCUACAGCAUCAAAGAAUGAGGGG